CACGGAGAUCCACGGUCAACGAGCAGAUAUCCUUUGGCAGCGAGCUGGUACCGCAUCGUACCGCUGGAUGGCCACCCAUCAACAUAUUCAACAUCUACCUGCACACGGGCGAGGGAAUGUCCCUGAAUAGUGCCAAGAUCCUCAUGAACGUGGGGCUGGCGAUGGCUUGGCAGACGUACCCUCCCAUCAUAGGCGGUGACUGGAACAUGACGGCGGCGGAGAUCGAGGCGUCCUCGUUCACGGUUGAUGCCCAGAUUUCACUGCUGGUGCCUAAGUCCAUCACAUGCAGGACGGCGACGGCCAACUCAGUGAUUGACUAUUUCGCUCUCACCUCGGGGGCCAUGCGGCUCGCCAAGGCCAUGCAAGUGGACAUGAAAUGGGCAAUGAAGCCACAUCGGCCAGUGGUCAUGGAGCUUGCUACGAUGGGCAAGCGGAUGAUGUACCUCACCUACGUGGGCGGGGGGAAGAUCGAGGUGACCAAGCAGGUGGGGCCCAUGCUGCAGGACGAGCACGACUGGGAGCUCGAGAGGAGGUACGCUGAGGGUGCUGCGGAGAUGGCCUUGUCUGGCUCGGUGGGAUCGGCAUGGCGACUACUGUCCUUCGCUUGGGCUCGUUUCGCUGCGCAGGCGGCUAUCAGGCUUGGGCAUCUCACGGGUACCCCAAUCCAGGCGUGCUCAUACGGCGGUUACUUACGACCAAAGUGGGUCUCCUACAUGUAUGAAGGGUCGGACCCAGAAGGCGUCCAGGCUGUAGCUGACGGCUGGAAGUGGCAUGAGGAUGCGCUCUCAGUGAUAGCGAAGCUCCUGUCCAACCGGCCCGCGGUCGAUGGCAACAAGCUGCAAGAUGAGAUUCGCGGCUUCGUCGCCACCGACUACGCUGGGCAAGGUGUCAGUCAGCGUCUGUAUGCAGUAGUGGCUCAUGCUCGGCGGGCACUAGCGGCACCGAGUACAUCAGCGCAGGACCUCGUCAACAUGAUCGAGGAGGCGGCCGAGGACAUCGGCGUGGCGAAGCAAGCAGCGGACCGCGACAGCUCUCAGUGGUGGAAGCAAUGGUGCGAUGGAGCUAGUGAGAAUGGAGCUGGACGGCUACACCGAGUGACGAAGUACCAGGUGGCCAUCGCCUCACCGUCCUCUACUCGUCAAGUUAUCGAGUAUGGCAGCGUGCGAGGCGAGCUGAAUUUCAUGAACUUCAAGACCACGUGGCAAGACGAUGCUGGGGAGCGGCAUCGGGCAGGAGAUGGAUAUGCCGACAUAGUCAUCAUGGCGCACGCUGUUGAGGAGUACGACGCCUGCAUCGCGCUGCACCAGUGCACCUCCUUCUCGUCCUACAUCGACGACACGGGCGUCGGCGUGGGGGGCGGCACCAAAGAGGAGGCGACCAUCAGCGACAAGUUCGCCAUCGUGAGCAGCUCGGAUGACAUCAGCAAACGGAUCGCAGAGGGCCUCAAAGCUCAGCAGCAGCCGGUCAAGCCAGCAGUAUCCUUCUUGGGCACCGAUUUCGCUGGGGGAAAGAGGCGCGGGGCAGGAGGCACGCGUGGGACGUGCAAAGCUAGAGCCCGCCGUCACCAGCAGAGGCUCCGCAAGCUCAGUAAAUUUCGGAAGGCGAUCCCAACGAAGGCGGCAGAGCGUAUACCCCGAAUCUACAGGACGGGGGCUAAGCCUGCGCUCACAUUUGGAGUAGAGAUAAAUGAGAUGAGUGACAACGAGCUCGCGAAGUUUCGCAAGACCUGUCAGAGCCAGCGGAAACCCUACCAUGGGGGAGUUUCAGCGUCGGCAAAGCUUGUCCUACUUGGAGAUCCAGCGGUACACGAGGCGCUGGCUCCUGCCCUCCAGUGGUGCCGCAUGUGCUGGAUCGCUAACCAUUGCCUCCAGGCCGCCACCGUUGACUUCAACGAGCUGACUCAGUGGUGGGACGGCGCGGUUACGGUACCAGGGAUACUUACGCAGUGGAGUCAGACACGAGGACCACUACAACGAGCAGCUAUGUGCGUCCAGAGGGCAGGCUGGGAAGUCGUCAAUGGGGCCCAAUGGAGGAAUCAGCGCGGGGACAUCGUGGACAUCACCCAGACCACCCCCGUCAUGCUCGCGACUCUGAUGGCACAGGGGCUUCACCGACAGCAUGAGCUAGCGCUGGGUGCAAAAUGGUAUGACGACCCCUCGCUGCGAGUCUCCUUCGAUUUCGUGGCCCCCUACAUCAGGAUGAACAGCAGGAAGUUCAACACCCACCAGAAGUUCUGUAUCAUGAGCUGCGCGUGCGAUGAUAUCUGGACGCGUUCGCGGGCAAGAAGCAGGGGCUACAUCACUGACGGCAAGUGCAAGUGCGGCGAAGUCGACACGGUACUACACCGACUGGUGGACUGUCAGCUACUUGAAGUCGCCGCUGCUCGAGCUGAUGCAGAAGUUGAGGAGCAGGUCAUACAACGCCUACGUGAUGAUGGCGAGGGGGGGCGGCUUGUGACAGGAUGCUUCACAUUUCAUGAUGAAGAGCUACCGAGGAUGGACCCCGGCACUCAAGCCUGCAUGGUCACCAUCGACGGUCUUGAUGUGGAUGCAGGACCUGAGGAUAUGGUACAGCAUGCGGUGCCGUCAGAUACCGAAGAGAUCGAGUUCGCCAUCGAUGGAUCGUGCACCAAACCAGUGCUACUGGAGCUGCAGCGGGCAGGGUGGGCGACGGUGCUGCUCAACCCCCAAGGCUCGGAUGCGCUGCGAGUGAUGUACGCGGCAGUGCCAGCUAGCCUGCCGCAAACUUCGGCCAUGGCCGAGCACCUCGCAUUUGCCUUUUCGUGUCAGGCGGCUGACCGACCUACCGCGCUGCACGCGGACUUCAAAGGGACGGCCAACCAGUUCAACAAGUCGGCCCAGCAGCAGGUGCAGGUCACGCAGCGGUGCGGCGGCGUCUUCGGCUUCGCCCAGAGCCUGCCUGGGCUCGCCCACGUGAAAGCAGUAAGACAUGUCAAGGCUCAUAUAUCUGAAGAAGACUACGCCAACCUUGAUGCCGAGACCAAGCGCUUAACGGAUGGCAGCGUAGUGGCUGAUCAGUAUGCGGCAGAAGGAGUUAGACGGCACGAGGCAAUAUCUCAUGAAUUUAGUGAACGACUAGACCAGCAUCAGCAGAUGUGUAAGGACAUCACUAAGCUGAUCGCGCACAUCAUGCCCAUUUUCGACCAAGAAGAAGAGCGGUGGCAGAGGAUAAGCACGGGCUACAAGCGCAUCAAGAGCAUCAGGACUGACAACUGGCACGGCUGGCAGAGUACGGACCUUGGUCAGCAGUGCACGCGGUGUCUACGCCUACGGCAGCCUGGGCAUGAUCAGCUCAAUGGGUGCUCUGGGGCGCCGUCUUUUCUCAAGGAACACAUGGCUAACACGCUGGGUCACAGGUUGGUGGCAGUGAACCAGAAAGGCGACCUCAGCGACAUGGCAUGCAAAGCGACAGUGUUCGUGUGCAUCAAGUGCGGAGCUUGGGCGCAGCAGAGAAGGAAGAUCAAGUUGCGUGAGCAGUGCACCUGGCCGACGACCAAAGGGAUUGAAGUCCUCAGCAACCUGCCGAAGGGCAUAGGGCCGCACAAGAAGCUGGCCAAGCACAUCGACGCCAGCAUGCCGCUGCAGCAUCGAGAUCAACGGCAUCAGCAGCCUGAGAAGGUGGUGGCUCGA